AUGGAUCGUACAGGACGGAAGCGAAAGGCGGACGAUGAGCACGAAGAGCUCCAAAAGGCGUUACGAAAGUUUGAAGAUGAAUUCGGUAAUAUGGGAAGUGCUAUAGAUCGUGGACCAAAAGCUUUUAUUCGAUCAGAAGUGGUGAAUGCUAACAAAACAGUGAGCAGCGCAAAGCAACUUUAUAAACCGGAACCCAUAGUGCCAAUCCACCGCUCUCUUCCGGUCAGCGGAAGUUCUUUUGAGGAGUCGAAAAGACUAGCAGCUGAGAAAGCUCGUCGCAUGCUCGAAGAAGCACACAAGGGUAAGGGUCCGCCUCCGCAAGUCAUUCCAUCCAGUGCAACCCGACCUGUUUCGCGACCUCCACGGCCUGGUGCAGCUAGAGCUGUUCAGAAAAGCAAAACAAGCAAUUUAGAGGCAUUCAAGGAAGAAUUGAAAAAAGUUCAACAAGAAAGAGAUCAGCGUAAAGGACUGCGAGACCAUUUAAGAGCAGAGCUUGGCGUCGACACGGAAGCUCUGGACAAGAUCGCCCCUGCUCUUGACAAACCUUACAUGGGGAGCGGAGAAUACGAUGAUGAUCCGUAUACAACUAAUUUAUACAUUAGCAACCUCCCAUUGGACAUGACGAUGGAGGACCUGUUUGAUUCUUUUGGAUCUUUUGGGCCACUGGCGUCGGCCAAAAUACUCUUCCCUCGUACAGAGGAAGAAAAACGGCGUGAUCACCUUUGCGGAUUCUGUGCAUUCAUGUCGAGAGAAGAUGUAGACCGCGCUCUUGCUCAAAUGAUGGGAUUCUUUAUCCGAGGAGAACCCAUAAGAAUGUCUUUUGCUAAACCUAUUGUAAUACCUUCACAGCCGUUCUAUGUUCCUCCACCUCUUUUGGAGUUGAGUGCGCCCGAUCCUAUCACUGAGCUGCCAUUCAACGCCAAGCCUUUGCUUCGAGAUAUUACUGCUUAUAAGGAAAAGUACGGUCCUCUGCCUCGAUAUGGAGAGCCAAUUACUUUUGAGGGCGAACAACUGGACGCCUACAAUCAGAUGAUCAAGAACGCGACAGUUCGUGUAGUGAUUCCGUCAGACAGCCACCUCCUGCUUGUCAUUCAACAUGUGGUGGAAUUCACGAUACGGGAAGGGCCACUCUUCGAGGCAAUGUUGAUGACGCGAGAGCGGAACAAUCCGUUGUUCAGGUUUCUUUUCGAGCUGAAUCACCCCACGCACGUGUAUUAUCGUUGGAGACUGUACUCAAUUUCCCAGGGUGACACUUUUCUGCAAUGGCGUCGAGAAAAAUUCAGAAUGUUCGAAGGCGGAUCUUGGUGGCAGCCGCCAAUUCCGCAAGCGGAACUUUUUAGUUGCAUGCCUCGCUCUCUCUACAGUUAUGCGUGCACGAUCACUGACCCGAGUCGCUGGCUUCCUAAACUGGAUGCUCCUCUGGCUGCACGAAAUACUCGAUCGCAGGACACAAGAGAAAGACGUGAAAAAUCCAGAGGCAGCCCGAGGCAAGACCAUUCUAGAAAACCAAAGGCCCGAUUACGGAAAAGUCAGAGGAAAAAACUGGAGCAAAUUCUCAGGGAGCUCACGCCUGAGUGUGAUAGCAUUGGUGACGCCAUGGUGUGGUGCGCGGAUCAUGCCACUUGUGCUCGAGAAAUAUGUGAAUGUAUUUACGAGUCCCUUACGAUUGACGAAACUCCGUUGCACAAAAAGAUAGCGAGACUUUAUCUAAUCUCGGAUUUGCUAGCGAACGCAGCUUCUCGCGGAGUUAGGGACGUUUUCUAUUUCCGGCAAUAUUUCGGCGAGCUCCUAACUAAGAUUUUCGCUGCAUUGGGACGCACGUUGAGAACCGUGAAUGCUCGGCUCAAAGCGGAGCAGUUCAAACAGCGCGUCAUGUCUUGCUUCCGAGCAUGGGAGGAAUCGGUUCUCUAUCCAACUGAUGUUCUAGAGGGAAGAGAAACGAUGAAGAGGAAGAAAUCCUGGAUGGUGCUCCCGUGUGAUAUCGAUGGCGUUCCAAUUGAAGAGACUGAAAGAAACAUGCCCAAUUUUUGA